AUGGGUGAGCGCUGCCCGGGGACCCCGCGCACGGCCCGGAGGGGACGCGGAGCGCCCGGCACGGCCGGUGCCACCGGGAGGGGUCCCCGAGGCUCGGGGGGCGCGGGCAGGGGGCUCGGAGGGCUCCACGUGGCCGCCCUCAGCCUCGCCCUCCUCUUCCUCCGCGCAGAGGCCGAAGGCUUCGCCCUCUGCCACGCGCCCGCGCUGCAGACCAAGGUGUUCCAGUACCGGCUGUGGGACGUGAACCAGCGCUCGCUGUACCUGCGCGAUGACCAGCUGGUGGCCGGGCACCUGCAGGGCGCCAACGCCGCGCUGGAAGAGAAAGUGUUCUGGGUGCCCAACCGAGCCCUGGAGCCCGCGCGGCUGCCGGUGAUCCUCGGGAUCCGGAGCGGCUCCCGCUGCCUCCGCACCGAGCGCGGCCCCGCCGGAGAGCCCCGGCUGCGGCUGCAGGACGUGGACAUCCGGGAGCUGCCCCGCGCCGGUGACAGCGCGGCCGCCUUCACCUUCUUCCGCUCCUACCGGGACGGGCUGUGGCGCUUCGAGUCGGCCGCGCACCCCGGCUGGUUCCUGUGCACGUCCCCGCGCGGCCACCAGCCCCUGGCGCUCUGUCGCCACCGCGAUGUCACCUCCAACCUGCUCGACUUCUACUUCCAGCUCUGCUGAGCGCGCCCGGGCCCCGCGCGGGGACAGCGGAGACCCGGGGUGGUGGCAUCUUCCUGGGGAGGGUGGCAUCACCCCUAAA